AUGUUUGCCACAAGAUCAAUUGGCCGUCAGGUCUUUGGUGCGCCCAGAUGGGCUCACAUUCGCAGUGUCUCUACAUUGGAAGGGAACCCUCAUAUAUAUAUAUUUCCUAGUGAAAACCCAACAUCGUCGCAUAUUCUAUCCCUCCUACCCUCCGAACCAGUCAACCCCAAACUUGCCAUUGGAGUUACAACCAAGCUCCCCCCAACCGCGGAUUCGCUCACAGAGAACUCAAAGUUUCUCGAUGUCCUCCAAGAAGUUUUUACCAAGCAUGCUCAUGAAGAUCCCGAUGCACAGUCCCAGGCCCAAGUCAUGGUGUCCACUUCAGGUGCCAAUCUGAUGUCGGGCGGCGUGCUACUUCCUGGCAAGCGGGGCGGAAGACGGCGCAAAGAGAUGGGAGACUCUAGUGGUGGAGCCAGUGGUCAAGGUGGUGCUGGGUCUGCUGGCAGAGGUGGCUGGAUACACAUCUCGGAUAGCAGACGACCCCCGGAGUAUGGAAGAAUUGCUUGGCCCGAGGACAUGUUCGGUAGUCUCGAGGUUGAUGGACAGGGUCAAUUUGUAGAUGGGAAUGGAAACUACCAACCUAGCGGCACCUAUCGGACCGUGACCCGAGACGGAAUUCUGGGAUUGAGCCCAUUCCUCAGAGAAAAGCUUGUGCAGAGACUGCGAGAGCUCGAGAAGUAA